AUGUUAUCCUAUAAAUCUUUAUAUGGAAUUGCUAAAUUCAACCAACUCAAAGACUACUAUGCUAUACUAAAAAUCUCCAAAACCAAUGAUCAACCAACCAUCAAGAAAGCAUACUAUGCAUUAGCCAAGAAAUUUCACCCAGAUGUUAACCAAGGCAAGGAAGAUAAAUUCAAAGAAGUUAAUGAAGCCUAUGAAAUUUUGUCUGAUGAAAACACAAAAAAGGAGUAUGAUGCUGCUAGAACACCUCAAUCCUAAAAUAGUCAAACCUAUUAAUAGCAAUAAUAUUAUGACUCUAAGAAAUAUUAAUCUACUUCUCAAUAGAGAUAAAAUUAGAAUUAUACUCAAAAUCAGUACACUAGAAAUCAAUUUGAAGAAAACAUAAGAAGAGCAUAAGAAUACUUAAAUUAACAAUAACAGUCGGGAAUCAUUAAAUGUAAGAUGUUGAGUCAGUAAUAGUAUAGACAAUAUGAGAGAAUGAGGGCUUAGUAGGAAUAUGAGGAUAGGAUCAGAUAGGAAGAAAUGUAUGCUAGAGCAAAAGAUUAAUAAUAUAACGAGUUCUCAUAAAGAUAUUACAAUGAAAAUAAAAGAAAAACCUUUUAUUCAUAGGAGGAAAAGGAAGCAUAUGAUUCAUUUGUUAGAUAAAGAGAGUUCGAAGAAUCCAUAAAGGAAAAGAUUCAAGAAUUUAAAUAAAAAGGAUAUCAGGUUAGGGAGGGAUUCCAAAAUAUCUCCAAGAACUUAGCCGAUAUCAAGGGUAAUUUAGGUUCAAUAUGGAAUACUAUCAAAGGAAAAAAUAGAUGA